AUGUUCUCCUCAGACCUGCUGCUGAUACUGACUGUGCUCCCGAGCUUAGCAUGGGGAUUCACCUUGAAGGGGUUCAUCCCACUCGACGGGCUGCUCUCUAAUGUCACGCUGAGCCCGUCAAGCCGGGUCGUACUUGACCAUUCGUCGAGAUAUGCCUUGGUUCGGCAAGAUGGGACAUUUGAGCUGUCUGACCUGACGGAAGGGACUUACAUCAUUACUCCUCAGAUCCCCGAAUACACCUUCCCAUCCUAUCUACUGAUCCUCACCUCUUCAGCCCCCUCCACUCCCGCCCAAUCCGACCUCGAAUCCCGCGACCCCUCCCCCCUCGCCCAAACCCCCGCUUCGGACCUCGAGCUCACACCGCACCUCCAGCCCUUCUACCCCGGGAAGACCCCCCUCACCACUUCAUCUCCAUCAUUGGCGUAUCCGCUCGCCCUCCGACCCAUCGGGCGCGAAGACUAUUACACGCCCAAGGGGGGCGUGAAUGUGCUGGGGAUGCUGAAGAAUCCGGUGGUGCUGAUGAUGCUCGCGUCGGGGGUCAUGAUGUUUGGGAUGCCAAAGCUGAUGGCGAGCCUCGAUUCCGACCCGGAAUUGAAGAAGGAGAUGAUGGAGGCUAGGAAACGGAUGGAUGGCCUCCAGUCGGGGUUGACAGGAUCGUUGUCCAGCAUGUUGACAGGAGGAAACGAUGCGGCGGUCGCGCCUCAGGCGGUAGCUGGGGGUGGAGCAAGAGGAGGAGCGGGCGGGGCCCGGGGCGGUACCGCACAGCGACGGAGAGGCAAGUAG